CUACCAAAUCUCAGCCAAUCAGCUGCGUGCAAUUCCAGGCUGAACCACAGACAUACAGUUGUUAGCAAGCAAGUCAUCUGAUUCAUGGUCAGAAGGUUAUGAGCGUUUGCUAAACCUUGGAAGGCUGCGAGUUUCAUUUCCACUUAUUUGAAAGGUUCGGUCCAGUGCACGGCUCAGCACAGUUAAAUGGCAGUGGUGCAGGAGGGGCCGUGGAAGAGCCUGAGCUCAGGGAAGAAGGUGGCGCUGGCUGCAGGUCUUUCUGUCGGGGCCACAGUGGGCUACAUCUUGUAUCGUCACAUUCGGAGCAGCAGUGUUUUCCGCUCUGUAGCUCAAGAGCCAGAUACGGAACAGUCCAGGUUCUCCUUGCCCCUCGAAGUGUACAGAUCUAUCGCAAGGCACCAGAGCACCUUUCUGGAUCUAGUAAGCCAGAAGUCAGGAGCUCAGGUGAACUUGUUAGCGAAUUCAGAGGAUCGGAGCACUGUGUGCUUCUUGCUCCAGGGCACAACACAGCAGAACCUUUUGGCUAGAUGUGCUCUGGAGAGACUGGCCAAUGACAGCGAGCUCAUAGAUGAUGUUUUAGAAGUGCCCCAGACCGCCUUUGGGCGAAUCAUAGGUCGUGGAGGCGAGACCCUGAAGUUGAUUAGCCGAACUUCCGGAGCUCGGGUGACCUGCCCACGUGAGCGAGGUCGCAGCUUGGAGGAAAAGGGUGAGGUUAUGAUCACGGGAACACGCCAAGAAGUACAGCGUGCUAAGGACAUGAUCAUGGAGAAGGUGAUGGAGAAUGAGAUGGUACGAAAACGCAUCAGCCAGUCAUCUGCCCUGCGUGAGAAAAGAAAAGCCCCAGAAUCAGAGUCAGUCCAAAGACAUCAAGGCCCAGUCAGCGAGCUCAUGCUGCACAUGAAUGAAGAUGAUCUGCUCACUCCACUGACUGAAGUGAGACUUGUUCAGGCCAGUGGCUCUAAUGGGUUUGCCAGCAGCGGGGACUACACAACAGAAAAUUCACUACGAUCAGAGGAGAUCUUCUCACCAGUUUCACCAUUAGAGUACUCAAAAUUUGAAAUCCCAAGUCCUGACCUGAGCUUCCAGCCUGGUGAGCAUUUAGAGGUAUAUGUGUCUGCUUCAGAAAAUCCCCAACACUUCUGGAUCCAGAUUAUAGGUGUCCGAUCACUUCAGCUGGACAAACUGACUACUGAGAUGAGCCGUUUCUAUAAUGGCGACACCUUACACGAGCACAGAGUGGAGGCUAUAGUUGUAGGGGACAUUGUGGCUGCUCCUUAUAAGGACCAAAGCACGUGGAACCGAGCUCGUGUGUUGGGCGUCCUGAGCUCUGGUCUGGUUGAUUUGUACUAUGUGGACUUCGGGGACAACGGAGCACUUCCACGGGAUCAGUUACGCAGCCUGAGGAGUGAUUUUUUGAGCUUGCCCUUCCAAGCCAUUGAGUGCAGCCUGGCAGAAGUGCAUCCUGCAGGAGAGUUUUGGUCAGAGGAAGCCCUGGAUGACUUUGAGAGAAUGGCAUACUGUGCACAGUGGAAGCCUUUACUAGCCAAACUGUGCAGUUACUCACACACUGAGAUGUCCUCCUGGCCCAGUGUAAAGCUGUAUGACAACAGCCAUGGAAAGGCUCUGGAUCUGGGUGAAGAGUUGAUUCGCUUAGGCCAUGCAGUGAGCUGUCAGGAUGAGGGAAGUGGGCUGAGAGGAGAUCACGAUGAGCCAAGAUCUCUGCAGAAGUUGCUGGAUGACAUGACCGGAGCCACCUCAGAGUUGAGUAUGUCCUGCAUAAGCUUAUCAGGUUCAACAUAUCUAUCAGUGACAAAGCAGUUGACGUGGUCUUCUUCGAGCUACCCCAGCUUUGUAGAUGUGGAACGAGCUGAUGUAGAUCAGAAUUCCUCAGACAACCUCAUGCCUCCAUCGCUUCUUUACUCCACACCAUCAUUAAGCCUGAGUGAGCUGGUCAGCCAUCUUAUCGAGUCCUCAGGCUCAGUGCUGUCUCCACUUGGCUCGGAUCCAAGACUUGUUCCUCACCAGAGCCUCAUGAGUUUCUCAGACCUUCCAUCAGAAACAAAAGUAAAGCCUUUGCAAGAGUUUUCCUCGGUCACCACAUCCUCCUCGUCUGCUGUAGAUGUAGUGACAUCAGCACUGGAAUCGGUCAGUCUGAGUGACAACGUCUUCCUAGGGACUUACUCCAGCAACAGCGAUGUCACGUCAUCUUCAGAGCCGCUGGAACCGGAAUCUUCCGCCAGUACCUGCAGUGAGUGCGUGUGUAGCAGCAGCAACAGUAGUGAUGGAAUAAGAGGUGUCUGGUAUUACCUUACGUCUUCCCAGGACUCCUCUGAUGCAUCGCUCAACACCACUAUGCCCACAUCAUCCACAGCUUCCUCGUCCUUCUGCCCAACGUCCUCCUCUUCUUCCUCCUGUCUGACUGAGUCUGAGGACAUGCCCCCUGUGAUUUCCUCCUCUGUAAUCCAUUUAAGCUCUGACCAAUCGUCAAGUGGUGAUGAUGCCGAAAUGAUUGACGAUCCAUCUGAACCAAGCAACUCUCUCCAAAAUUGUAGUGCUUGCACCAGUGACGAGAGCGAUGUCAUUUACAUCGGUGUUACCAAAUCGCCGUCUGACCCCUUUGAUAAAGGAGUUCAUGAUUCAAAUUAUUCUCCAUCCAAGACUAAAUUAAAAGAGCAACAGGCAUUAACAAAAAAUACGAAAGCACCGAGUGAACAACUUGCUGAAGGUUUAAGAGAAAACGAGGAGAAGGAGGAGCUCUGUGAAGAAGCUGGGGAUAUAGACAAGGUCCUGGAACUUGAAAACAAGAAGGUGAACAGUGGAGACGUAUCAGCAAGAGAAGUCGCCUCAAUAUCUGGAAGUGUAGACGACGUACUUGAAGACGAGUUUAACUGAUUAAAGACCAAAGUCAAUGUGUGUUCAUAUUGAGACCCCCUGGAAACACUGCUGGCAUGGACCUCAUAUUUCUGCAAAAAACAAGCCUUAUCUCACUGUGUUAUGUGUUUUGUUUAUUUCUAUUUGUCACUUUGUUGUAUGUUCUAGAGUUACUGUCAACAUUACUGAUAUUGUUUUCCUCACUUUGUACUGAUCUACUCGAGAAGAAUUAACUGAUGACCAGAUGAAUAGAUGCUCAGGAAAAGUGCGAGCUACGACCAGGAACCUCAGUAUUAUUCCAGUUGUGCACUUGGGUGAUGAAAUAGUAUUUAUGGAAGUUGUUUGGAAUAAUUUGCUAUUCAUUUACUGUACCUUUUGUUAUUCAUGUUGUACAUUUUAGGGUUAAAUAACAUGCUUGUGAACAGAUUCUAAGUAUAUGAAUAUAAUAAAAAUACAGUAUUGUUCUUUAUUGA